CACGGUGCUGCGUUGCUCCUCCCUCCGCGGUCCCUGGUCUCGGUCGAGCGACCUGAGCCGGGGUGCUUGGCUGAGUGCGUGCAGUUGCAGCGCGCCGCCGAACCGGACUGCCGAGCCUGUCACUGCCGCCCCCAGAGCCGUGACCCGCGACCCCAGGCCCGAUCCCCUUCGCUUCGGCCCGCGCGCCCCAGGCCCGGCCCGGGCGGCGCGACGGGAGGAUGAGCGGCGGGCGGCGGAAGGAGGAGCCGCCUCAGCCGCAGCUGGCCAACGGCGCCCUCAAAGUCUCUGUCUGGAGCAAGGUGCUGCGAAGCGACGCGGCUUGGGAGGACAAGGAUGAAUUUUUAGAUGUGAUCUACUGGUUCCGACAGAUCAUUGCUGUGGUCCUAGGCGUCAUUUGGGGAGUGUUACCAUUGCGGGGUUUCUUGGGAAUAGCAGGAUUCUGCCUGAUCAAUGCAGGAGUCCUGUACCUCUACUUCAGCAACUAUCUACAGAUAGAUGAGGAAGAAUAUGGCGGCACAUGGGAGCUCACGAAAGAAGGGUUUAUGACAUCUUUUGCCUUGUUCAUGGUCAUAUGGAUCAUUUUCUACACAGCCAUCCACUAUGACUGAUGGCGUACAGUCCCCACCUGCUCCCUGUCCGGCCCGAAGGAGCCUCUUAGUUACAGCACAGAACCAUGAUUAUAGGGCCACCCCAGCCACGUGGAACCUGGAAGAUCCUAGUUUCCUGGACCAAGAAUCAGUGUGUUGGGCGUCAGUGGUUUCAGCAAAGGUUGUGACCUGAAACUUUUCAAAGAACCAUCCACCUUUUGGGGAAGCAUUUCUGAAUUGUCUAUCACAGCCAUUUCUUCUUGGAUACCGUCAAGAAACUUGUUUGCCGAUUGGAGCUGUUGUUUAAUUUGAUGCACCUCUGGAUCCGGAUGAAACAUUAAAUUGUCUUCCUUACUUCUCCAUCGGGUGUACAGUUUUUAAACUAUCAGUGGCAUUUCAAGUCCUCUGAAACAGUAUGGCAGUAUGUGCAUGGUCCAUAGCACAGUACAAGCAGCAUCUAAUACCAGUUUCCAUUGUAGAAUGUUUUCAGAUACUUGAAUAAAUCAGAUCUUUAAUGGA